AACCUUCAACAUCUUAUUAUCAUAGUAAAACAAAACAAAACAAAACUCUCAUCAUGACUCUCUCUGGACAUUGUCUAUGUGGUAAAACCACCUUUGAAAUCGCUGUUGAGAAACCCGACGCGGUAGGAUACGAUCAUUGCGAUGCUUGUCAACGACAAACCGGUAGUGCUUUCUCCUUAGUAGCUAUCGUUCCUACUGAUAAACUCACUAUCAAAGGACCAGUCAAAACUUACAAGAAGAAAGGAGACAGUGGAAAGGAUGUAGCUCGUCUCUUUUGCUCAGACUGCGGUUCUCCUAUUGCCCAUCAACCAGAUGCGGCUCCUGAAAUCACUGCUGUUAAAGCUGGUUGUUUGACCAAGGAGAUCAAACAAGGAUUAAAACCAACUUUGGAAAUUUACUGCCAAGAUAAAUUACCUUUCCUUACCCAAAAAUUGGAGAAGCCUUUUGAUGGCAUGCCACAAUAGAUGCUCAGGUGUUGGAAAUCAUCACAGAUCUCAGUUUUCUUGAUGUCACCAUGAUCUUUGUUCAAAUUGAAUAAUGACUGCUUUGAUCCGAGUGUCUUAUCGCUUCCUGAAUUCCAAAUUGUCCAGAUUGAAAAUGUCUAUCAAGGAUGAUUUCAUUCUGUGAUACUGAUCGUACAUGAAUAGUUAAUGAAACCUUGUUAUCUAGAAAUUGUGCGAAUUGAUGCAAUCUUGCGUUUAGAUAAUGAUCUUAUGCCGAUACA